AGGAGAAUUAUGCUGUGACGGUGAAGUGAAUGAAACGGGGGAAAUAUGCUUUGGAAAUAAGAUUUCUGAUAAAAAUCUAACGGUUUGGUGCGGGACCAGUCUUUCAUCGGGACGUUUUGAGUGCUGCAAUGGGACUUCGUUACAUUACACGUCUAUGUAUAAAUGCUUAAACAACACCAUUGUUCCAGUUGAAUACAGUAUUUGUAAAGAUGAAUUUUAUGACAGAAGAGGAAAAAUUUGUUGUCAAGGUGUUGUCAAUUCUGUGAGGAAAUUAGUAAAACCAAAAUGUUGUGAGGAUCGAGUCUACUCAUCAGAAAACCAAAGUUGCCGUGGAGGACUUGUUAAAAGGAAAGAGAAGGAGAAAUGUGGCGUCCGAUUUCAAAUUGGAAAAGACUUACUGAAGAUUAUCCACAGUGCCCUUGAUUUGCAUUUUCCCGGCAACAAGAAAAGGAUUAGGAACAUCAAAGAAAAGAAUGUUUUACCCCUAAUUUUUGUUCAUCUUUCUAAGGCAAAUGUUUACUUUGAAAAACCUUCCAAAAUUUCUCAGCCUGGUAAUGACCGUUCACCCUAGAGUUAUGAGAAGUGAGGAAAAAGAGAGGUAGAGAGAAAGAAACAAGGGAGAGAGCAAAAAAUAAAGUAAUGAUAAAUGAUGUAUGAUUUGUAUGACAGAAUGAAAGAAUUUCAUGAAGAAAAUUACGCAAAAAUUUCCUCACAAAUUUUUUGAUA